AUGGAUGAUCCGCUACGUACGACUAGCUCUCAUAUGAGCAGACGAGCAAUCAUGGCCCGUUAUUUCAAUUUGUGCGCUCCGGUAGGGCAUGCUGGGGUCCCUCUCCCACAAGAUCUUUAUUCAGGGAACCAGAACAAACUCUGUUGCUCUGCGGAUGGAAAGGCAUUUAGGCAUGUCAUUUUAACAGGUAAAAAAGAUGAUCAGGAGCAGGCAUCUGAUGUCAUUUUGAACCUUCCCAUUGAAAUUAAAACCCUGAUUACAAGUCAUCUAUCACAACAUGACUUGGUGAAUUUAGCCAGAGUUUCAAGGUCAUUUUACGACGCAGCUAUGUUCUCUUUAUAUGAGAACGUAGUUAUUGAUUCAGACUAUUCAUUCUUAAAUGACCCUCUAAGAGAUACUGGCGAAAAAGUCACAUUCAUCAAAACACGAUACAACCUGAAGAAAUUUAUGCAAUUAAUCCGCGAAAACUCAGAUACACCAUUUCCAAUGGGUAUGCUUGUCAGAUCCUUCAAAGUAAUCAAUCUCCCAGAUGGCAUAAGCCGCAAUGAGGUAAGAUCAUUUAUAUAUGACAGUAUUCCAAAUCUGACAAGACUGUCCUCAUUUUAUUGGAAAACUAAUUCUUCAGUACUUCCUUUGAGCCUUUUGGAUGUGCUUCCAAAUAAGGAAGAGAUAACGACAUUGGCGUUCAAUGUCGAUUUGGGCAAAACGACAUCUUUUACAUCAAAUGCAUUCCCUAGUCUGACGAAAAUCUCAUUGGCACCCUUUGUUAACUCUCAAAAUCUAUCUGCAUUUUUUGAAAGUAUUUUGUUAUCCGAAGGUGAAACUAUUGAGAAGCUCGAAACACUCCAGCUUGCCUCCGAACUUCCAUCCGUUUUGCACAAACCGAGCGGAAAUGUUAGUUCCGCGCAAUGUCUCGUCAUUACCAAGUAUAUGAUGGAUAACAAUUUGCAACAGCCAAAUACGUCUGAGAGUGACCGAUUCAUCGUUUACAAUCAAAUAGACUGCGGGUUCUGGAGUUUUCUUAAUGCUAUAGCAAAGAAAGGAAAAAGAUUUGAGUCUCUCAAGAUUCUUGACAUUCAUUCAGCGAACUUCCUCUCUACUGACUCCAAUGAAGUCUGUAACAUAGUGAACUUGAAGAAUCUUCGCACCUUGUGUCUUUCUAAUAUAAAUGAGAUACAAUUUCUACCAGAUGUGGAUUACGAAGUUCAUGACGUCAGUAACCUUGCUCUACGGUACAUGAAACCAAGUUUUUUGGAAGGUUUAUUACCAAACUUGCGUCAGCUUACGAAAUUAAAACUUGAUUAUAGAGAAUCAAUGAAAGACACAGUUUGUGAAUUUAUCGGUGCGUUACAGACGAAAGCAAAUAUUUCCUUGAGGGAGCUUGAUAUUGUGAUUCACUGGGAUGAUAGUAAAGAGGCUGUUUGGUCAAGCUGGGAGACUUUAGCAGAGAGAUAUAUUGCUGCCAUAUUAUUGCAUAAAAAAACGUUAAGGAAACUAUCACUGAUAGCAACUGAAGAUUCAAAAUUCUAUGAACUUCACAAGACGAUACCUGCAAAUAUGCUGAGAUCGCUCAAGGAUUGUCGACAUCUCCAGAGUUUAAGACUCCAUGGAGAGUCAUUGCAUCCGUCUGGUCAUCUUUUAUUGAGUGAAUUUCCAGAUCUGCAUUAUCUUGAUUUGGUGGGAAAGGAGGCUGGUGGGCCUCCGCACAUGGGGUUACAAGUCGUGCACGAUGGUGUGCUCGACAAUUGGUAUAGGGUUAUACACGUAGCUAUUACGCUGGCGCAGGGAAACCCUUCAUUAAAAUUUGUAAGGGUAGACAAAUGUCUUUUUGAAUGUGGUCGAAGCGGUAACGUGUCGCCGAAACUCGAUAACUUGAAGAAUUGGUUUGAAAAGAAAAUGAGAGUUGUGGUUUCGGCGGAUGAUUUUUAG